AUGGCCCCAAUGCUGGGCGACUGGGAUGCCCCUGAUAGGAACGGCGUCACAGCAUCUACAGUUGAUAUAAGCUCUGCCCAAAAAAGCAUACUUUACAUUGAUGCCUAUGACUCAUUCUCAUACAAUGUGGUCGCCAUGCUGGAAGAAACUCUCGGCGUCAAAGUCACUGUGAUAACCGUUGACUCCCAAUGGCCCAACUCCAACAUGACGGAUUUUCUCCAACAUUACGAAGCCAUUGUUCUAGGCCCAGGACCAGGAGACCCUAACGUCCCGACCGAUGUCGGUAUCAUGAACGAUAUCUGGAAUCUGCCAGACUCAGAGCUCAUCCCCGUUUUUGGAAUCUGUCUGGGCUUCCAGAGUCUCUGUCUUCACCAUGGUGUUCCAAUUGAGCGUCUUCCAUAUCCUCUUCAUGGCCAGAUUCAUAAAAUAUCCACGACGUCGAAGGAUAUUUUUGCCGAGUUGCCGGAGAUUGAAGUGACGCUUUAUCACUCGCUGUAUGCUAACCCUGCUUCUGUGACGACGCCUGACUUGGAAUAUCUGGCUUGGUUGGCUUUGGACGAUCGCCCGGAAGCACAGAUACCCAUGGCAGUUCGGCAUCUUCAGAAGCCAUUGUGGGGCGUUCAAUUCCAUCCGGAAUCCUGUAAAUCGGAAACUAAUGCUUGCAAAUCUCUCCUAAAGAAUUGGUGGAAGAUGGCUCUCACUUUCAACAAGAUGGUCGGGCGAGGAGGAUAUUGCUGUCUCCCUGACACGGUUAUCAGCCCACACAGUGUUCCUACUUCGUUCCCAGAUGCCGCAUACGAAAUGCUGAAGUGGAGCAAGUCAACAUCUAAAUGCUCCACCUAUCGCACUUUCCAACGACAUGGUUUGACGACAGAAGCGAUUAGCGAGCUAUACAACCAGCCGGGUUCACCUACCGUACUGUUUCAAUCGAAUGGGCGAUACAGCAUUGCUUCCGUGCCGAGCGCUGGCUCAUGGCGAUUGGAGUAUAAUGUUGAGACUCACAAAUUGCGAUUGAUUCAACUAUAUGGCGAUCGCAAGGUGGCUGAUAGCUGUGUUUCCGUGGCUCAGCUAUGGGAUGCUUUGCGCUACGUGAUGGAAAUGAAGAAAGUCGAUUCGGGAAAUACCGAGGUUCCUUUCUGGGGUGGUUUCUUGGGAUAUUUCUCUUACGAACUUGGUCUCACAUGUCUUCCCCAUCCCGGGACGGCACAGGCAUCUGAGCCACCAAAAUCCGAUGGCACCAGCAAUGCUUCUGGCUUCGAAAACCCACCCGAUGUCAGUCUAUUGUGGUGUGAACGAAGCAUCGUUGUCGAUAACACUACCGGCAAAGUUGUGAUUCAAUCCACUCGCCAAGAUGACCAUGCUCCUCUAGGCUGGCUUGAUGAAACACUGCAAAUACUCCAAGAGUUUUCAGACCCCGAAAAUAACACAGACUCUGAUCGAGUCCUGGAUUCCAUCCUUGGAAAAAGCAAAAUCCAGUUCCCAGAGGAAAAGAAAUACAAACAGCAAAUCGAAGAUUGCAAAGCCGAGCUGGAAGCCGGCGAAUCCUAUGAGCUAUGUCUGACCUCCGAAACAUCCAUCACUCUCCCAGUCCCCGAAGCAGAAUCAGACCGCUUGGCAUUCCCGUGGAAACUCUACAAACGCCUGAAAACCUACAACCCCGCUGCAUUCAGCGCGUUCGCCGAUCUCGGCGACACCAAGAUCGCCAGCAGCAGCCCAGAAUGCUUUCUAAACUGGGACCGCACAUCAACCCUCGAAAUGAAGCCAAUGAAAGGCACAGUGCGCAAGUCACCGGGCAUGACAAUGGAAAAGGCCUGCGAGAUCCUCAGCUCAACGAAAGAAAUGGCCGAGAACCUCAUGAUCGCAGAUCUGAUCCGUCACGAUUUAUACGGCAUCUGCGGAUCGGGAGGCGUCCACGUUGAGAAACUCCUCGAAGUCGCGGACUACGGCCGUGUCUUUUCAAUGAUCACCCAUAUCAAGGGCACUGUCCGGCCCAACCACCCUGGGUUCGCGGUGCGGCACAUGCCUCAGCUGAAUACCCAUAAUAUGUCUGUUCACGGGUUGACGACGCUCCAGCGGACCCUGCCUCCUGGGUCUAUGACUGGGGCGCCGAAAGAGCGCUCUUGUAUGCACCUCCGGACGAUUGAGAAUCGCAAGCGGGCCAUUUACUCUGGUGUGAUGGGAUUCUUGGAUCUGGGCGGCGGUGGCAGUUUCUCGGUUUUGAUCCGUUCGGCUUUUACUUGUUCGGCUGGGUCAGAUUAUACGGAGAAGAAGCUACAGACUUGGCGAAUUGGUGCUGGUGGCGCCAUCACUACGCUUAGCACAGCGGAAGGAGAGUGGGAUGAGAUGUUGACCAAGCUUCGGGUUGUUUGCAAUAUUUUCACGCCGCCGGAGAAGAAGGAUGGUCUGACUGGGACAUCCUGA